AUGCUGACAUUCAAGGGUAUCAGAAAAGCUUUACAGAAAGCGGAACGCGAAGUGUCAAACACCAGGGAUGUAAGAACAUAUACCUGGACUCCACUUUCGUCCAUCAACAACAUCAUUCAGGACAACAGCCAUGUGGUAAAAGCACUUGAAGAGAAAAUAAGAAUGAGCGACAGUAUGAAGCGUUUCAUAUUUGGGCGAGCCAAGAGACUGGUUUCUCUCCUGAUCCGGCUAGACCGCCUGGAUUUGCUGCAACGUUUUCAUGGCGAACAGUUUGGCGAUGAAGACUUCCCCAUCAGAUACAUCAAACCCCGAACUACAGGCAACAAAUCCCGUCCAAAAUGGUCUAUCCAGUCGUGUAGAUCGGACAAGACUGUCAGUUCUGGGGUUGUCUUGGAUGAAGACGACAGCGACGACGAAGACGACAAUGAGAAAGAAAUGAUUCGACAAUUUUGCAAUACCUAUCAAUGGCGAUUUUUUGUGCCUGUCUUCAGUCCUCACGACAAGGCUCACGUUUUCGACCCUCGAUGCCAGAUGCCAUAUUUGGAAGAGCUUGGUUCAAAUCAGACAAAUUUCAGUGUCGUCAGACAUUUUGUCAUUCACCGUACACACUUGAAUUUCAAACUUGAUGACCAGAUUGGCACAUUAGUCGAUGGCGAGAGAAACCCUCACAUCGCCGUCAAGGAACUACUAUCCGCGCAAGGCCUUUCAAGGGAGAAGUUUGCCAAAGUAGCCGAGAAUGAAGCAACCAUCCUGAAACGUCUUCGAGACCAGGACCAUCCGCACUUUAUCAGAGCGAUUGCCACUUACACCCAAGGUAAUCGGUACUACUUUGUCUUUCCUUGGGCCAGAGGCGGCAACCUCCGUGACUUCUGGGCUAACCAACCCACUUUGCAUGUUGCGUCAACAAAUAUCAACAUCGAAGAUUGGUCUAGUUACUUUGAGUGGUUCUUUGAGCAGCUACUAGGCCUUUCCGGUGCCAUAGAGAGCCUGCACCAUCCCGAGAAAGACCCCAGGGAAUCCUGCAGGCAUGGCGACCUGAAGCCAGAGAACAUUCUGUGCUUCAGCAACACCGACGUUGGUACGAAAAAGAUCCCCAUCGGCGUGCGUCUCGUUGUAGCCGAUGCUGGGCAUGCAAAAGUACAUGAGUUGGCCACGGAAUUCCGCGGAGAACCGACUGGCACACCGCAGGGCACGAUUAUGUAUUCGCCUCCUGAGGCUGAGCUGCAAUUACAGGAUGCUAGGUCGAGGCGAUACGACAUCUGGUCUCUAGGGUGCCUCUAUCUAGAAUUUCUCGUCUGGAUCUUGUAUGGCAAUCUAACGCUCGAGUCUUUCCGUCGGGAUAUUGGACCGGGCCAACCCUACUACAGAAAAGAACCCGAGGUCGGGCUCAAGGAACCGGUCAAAGAAUGGAUCAAGGCUAUCAAGGAGGAUCCUCGGUGUGCCGAGGUCAAGAAAACCGCCAUUGGACGCCUGGUGACUCUGAUUGAAAACAGACUACUGGUUGUCAAAGUUGAACUUCGCAAAGAUUCGUUCUCCGAGUACAACGGGUCAGACCCAUCGAGAAGAGGCAUUUCUCCCAUGAGCACCGAAGGAUCUAUCAAGAUGAUUCUCAAACGGCCCACAAUGGACUUGUCGUCCAAAGAUGCUCAGCGGGCGGAUGCGGAGGAAGUCUACGAGGAGAUGAAGAGUAUAGUCAACGCUGUGAAGCGAGAGCGCUCGAUUCCCUGGAUCAACCAAAACGGCAUUGUGAAUGCUGCUAAACGCGGGCCGCCGACUUUUAUGGCGAAUCUUACUCCCGGAGAUAAUCGAGGAGCUCUGAGAGGAAAGGACGCCAAUGGGAUGAUGAAAGGGGUAUUCCAGACCUUGUAA